GGGAGAGCCGUCCUCACAGCAAAACCGCUCCUACAGUGUACAGAGCAUUCACAGCGCAGAAGAAGAGAGAGAGUGUGGAGCGUAGCAAAUACUGAAAAGAUCUGUGGAGACAAGAGAGGAGAGUGGACCAAAAGAACGGGCUGGGGUGAAGAUGCUUUCUCUGUCCUGGCUCCUCGUGGCAGUUUUAGCCCAUGUGUGCCACUCCUCAAGAGGCUCCGAAUGCUGGGAGAGCUCCAUCUGCGCCAACCUGAGCAACAAGCAGCGCAUACUGGAGUGCAUUCAGGUAUGUAUGUCUGAGCUGCACAGUGAGAGCCCACAGAGCGCAGAUGUUGACGAUGCAGACGCGCCUCUCGGUCUGCAGAACGACCUGACCUCCGAAGACCGGACCCUAAAGGCCGUCAGGACGGACAGCCGCAGCAACGAGAGGCGCUCCUACUCCAUGGAGCACUUCCGCUGGGGCAAACCGUCCGGCCGUAAACGCAGGCCUGUCAAAGUCUUUGCCUCUUCUCUGGAAGGAGGGGGCUCUACCGAAGGCGUCUCUCCGCUGCAGGCCCAGAGGAGGCACCUCAGAGCCUACGAGAAGCGCAACGGAGACGCGCAAGAAGGACUGCGCACAAAGUCAUCGUAUACUACGUACAGCCAACAGGAGAGGAAGGACGGGACGUACCGCAUGAGCCACUUCAGAUGGGGAAGCCCACCUGCCACGAAACGAAACGGCAACUUUAUGAAGCAGUGGCAGGAGGAGAAGCCACAGAGCCCGCUGACCAAGCUCCUCAGGAACUUUAUGGGCAAAGACGUGGAGAGGAUGGUGCGUUAA